AUGGAGCUCCACUUCCGCACCGGCGAGGAGCGCUGUCCGUUGAUGGGGGCCGCGGCUACGUCGGCCAACUCCGAGACAUCAGCCACACGCGUGCAUGACGGUCUCGUCGGCUGCGAUGGCACGGGGUACCACGGGGAGAGCUUACCGCUGCCGGCAUCGGAUCCGGACGGCCUGUGGCGCCGGGCGGCGAAGGAGAGGAUAAGGGAGCGGAUCCUGCGCGAGGAGGCGGAGGCGCUGGCGCUCGAGUUCGAGGUCUGGCGUGAGCUCAUGGAAGAGCGCGCCAGUUUGCUCGCGCGGUUGGCCGGCGGGUCGGAAACUAGGGCAGCGCCGACGGUGCCAUCGCUGAAGACGGCGCCGAUCGAUCACCAGUGUGUGCAGGUUGGAUCCAAAGUAGACGUGUCUGCGGCCGUGCCAGCCAACAAGCGGAAAACCCCUCAUGUCGCUGCUGCAUCCGUUGUUUCGGCGGCCACAGGCAGCAAGAAGCAGAAGCCUGAUCUGACAUGCACUGUGUGCAACAUCACGGCAGCCAGUGAGAGAGACAUAAGAUUAUUUCUUAUAUGUGUCAAAGAAUUGACCGGUUUUGUGUUUGAUGCAGUUCAGCUUGAAGCAGCCGUGCUACCGGCCAAGCGGAAGAACUCCAACGUUGUCCCUGCCUCAUCAACCCUUUCAGCUGGGCCAAGCAGCAAGAAUCAGAAGCAAGACUUGACCUGCACGGCGACCAGUGAGAAGGGCAUGCAGGAUCACCUCAAAGGGAAGGCUCGCAUGAAUAUGACGGCCUCACUUGCUGUCGGUGCAUGUCGCAACGGGUCAGGGUCAGAAACUGUGCCCAUGGAGGCCAAUGGCGUGCGCCGACUGGACGGCGGCAUCCUACUGUGUGAGCUCUGUGACGUGAAGGCGCCGUCGGAGUGCGUCAUGCGGACUCACCUGUCCGGCAGGAAGCACACCAACAAACAGAAGGCCGCCGCUGACGCCGGUGCAGGACAGGAGGUGAAGAAGGCCGCCGCCGCCGCCACGAUCGGCAGCCCAUCCAAGGUAGCCGCCUCCAUCGCGGUCAACAGCAGCGAUGACUCCAUGAAGAAACCAGCAACGGGAGAGAUGGAGGUGGUAGUGUCAUCAGCAACGCCUCAAGUGGACGUCGCCGCCCCGGUCUGCGCCCGUGUCUCCUCCAUGGCGCCCAUGGAAGUAGACGAAGGUGCUGCCAAAGCUGAAGAACAAGAGAAAGCUGAUGCCCUCGAAGAGGGAGCCGUGGCGAUCGACGGAGGCCCCGCCGUGACCGGCGAGGAGUAUUACAUCAAGGCGGAGGGCAAGCUGUUCGUCACGCUGCGCCAGGCGGACGGCAGCCUCUCGUGUGGUCUGUGCGCCGUGCACGGCUGUGACAAGCGCGGCAUGAUCAAUCACAUCUACACCAGGGACCACUGGCGCAGAGCCUGUCUCGCCGAGGAGAAGCGGGCAUCGGAGGCACUGCCAGAGGCGGUGAACAAAGAAGGCGACGGCAUCUCGGUCACCGACGGAGAGGCUCAUGUCGACAACUGA